GUCUCGUGGGCGGGGCCGCGUCUCGGGAGCCCGCCCUGGACGUGACCACGCCGUCGCGCCCUUCCAUGCCUUAGCUGGGUCAACUUGCGGAAGACACGCAACAGGCCGUGCCGGUGCAGCGCGUGGGACGCGGGUCAGGCUGAGAAGUGCAGCUCUGGAGGGCUGGGGCCUAACUGGUGAGCCGGGUGGCUGAGGGCUGGGGACCUGGCCACGUGCACCGCCGGACUGGUGGCGGGCGGCACACGCCGGCGAGCUAGAGCCAGGCUGCGCGCGCAGACGGGGAGGGGCAGGGACCACGGUCGCGGACUGAGGAGGGGCGCGGGGACUGUCGCCCAGCUCGGGACUUGGAGCGUAGGUUGCCUUUUUAUCUCCACGUGAGGAAGACUGCCUGUCUGCCUGCCUGCCUCCAGGAUGUCCAACAAGUGACUAAACAGGUUUCAGGAAGUCUACCAGCGGUCAUGAUCUGAACUUCCGGCGCCGGGAGUUGGGUUUCACCAGCUCCUUUUUAAUACCUGGAUGCCUCUGAACUUUUGGGCUGCAUCUUUCGUGACCUCAUGGACCCCCCGAAUACACAUAAUUCGUAUUCUGUUUAUAUAAAGCUGCAAAAAAACAUAACUGCCAUUCAGUGAGACAUCUCUGAAUUAAUGAAAACUUUUCUGGGUGCUGAAGACAAUUGCUUUCAGUUAGCCUGGUGAUUUUCUUACAAGCAAUAUAUAAUUAAAAAGUAUUUCACCACUUUAUUUAUUUUAUGUGUGGAUGUACACAGGCUAUGAUGUACCGGUGGAGGUUGGUGGACACUUUGAGGGAAUCCUUUCCUUCCAGUAUGUGGGUCUCAGAAAUUAAACUAAGUGGACAGCAGGUGUCUUUACCGCCUGAGUCAUCUCUCAGGCCCAUGGUGUAUAACUACUGUCAGGUGUGAUUAAUUGAGCUAAGUUCAAUCUAGUCUUCUCUAGGUUAGUGGGCCUACAAUUCGUUCAUUAAGGACUUCUGUGAAUGUAGAUUUCUGCCUCCAGCAUCAGAAGUGGUACUCCACUAGGUUUGAUGUGUGCAUCUAGACAUUAGCGUGUACCACGCUUUGCUGGUAAAAUACUGCUACCAUGGAGAGAGACGUCCCUGCCAGGGCUGCUAGUUUGCAUUUCCUCCCUACUCGUGAACAAUGCCAAAGAAAGUGCAGCCCACAGGGGAUGAGAACGAAGAAGCGUCUGUUCCUUGCAAGCGGGUGAAGGAGGAGCUGCCUGAAACGCUUUCUGUAUUAAACUUUGACAGCCCCAGUAGUUUCUUCGAAAGUUUAAUCUCACCCAUCAAAGUAGAGACUUUUUUCAAGGAAUUCUGGGAACAAAAGCCCCUUCUCAUCCAGAGGGAUGACCCUGUACUGGCCAAAUAUUACCAGUCUCUGUUCAGCCUCUCAGAUCUGAAGAGACUCUGCAAGAAAGGAGUGUACUAUGGAAGAGACGUGAAUGUCUGCCGGAGCAUCAGUGGGAAGAAGAAGGUUUUAAAUAAGGACGGCAGAGCACAUUUUCUUCAGCUGAGAAAAGAUUUUGAUCAGAAGAGGGCAACAAUUCAGUUUCACCAACCUCAGAGAUAUAAGGAUGAGCUGUGGCGGAUCCAGGAAAAGCUGGAAUGUUACUUUGGGUCCUUAGUAGGCUCGAAUGUGUACAUGACUCCUGCAGGAUCUCAGGGCCUCCCUCCACAUUAUGAUGAUGUUGAGGUUUUUAUCCUGCAGCUGGAGGGAACGAAACACUGGCGCCUGUACUCCCCAACUGUGCCCCUGGCACACGAGUACAGUGUGGAAUCUGAGGACCGGAUCGGCACACCGACACACGACUUCCUGCUGAAGCCUGGAGAUUUGUUGUACUUUCCCAGAGGGACCAUUCAUCAGGCAGAAACUCCUUCAGGCCUGGCCUACUCUAUUCACCUGACUAUUAGCACCUACCAGAACAAUUCAUGGGGAGACUGCCUUUUGGAUUCCAUUUCGGGGUUCGUAUUUGACAUUGCAAAGGAAGAUGUGGCAUUAAGGAGUGGAAUGCCCCGGCGGAUGCUCCUGAAUGUGGAAACCCCAGCUGAUGUAACAAGGAAGUUGAGUGGCUUUCUGAGGACUCUUGCAGACCAGCUCGAGGGCAGAGAAGAGCUGCUGUCAUCAGAUAUGAAGAAGGACUUCGUCAAGCACAGACUCCCUCCUUUCUUCGAGGGAAAUGGAACGGAGACGAUGGACCCAGGUAAACAGUUGCCAAGGUUGGACAACAUAAUAAGACUGCAGUUCAAAGAUCACAUUGUCCUCACAGUAGGGCCAGAUAAGAAUCCAUUUGAUGAAGCUCAACAAAAGGUGGUUUACAUCUAUCAUUCUCUGAAGAAUGUGAGGCAGAUGCACAUGAUAGGAGAAGAGGAGGAAUCCGAGAUUUUCGGUCUUCGCUUUCCUUUAUCACAUGUGGAUGCUCUGAAGCAAAUCUGGUGCGGGUCACCAAUUCGUGUUAAGGACCUGAAACUUGACACAGAUGAAGAAAAGGAGAACCUGGCACUGUCUCUCUGGUCGGAGUCUUUAAUCCAAGUACUCUAGUGCCUUUAUGCAGAGAAUUGUUGAUUUUCUCUAUACAUACAUUCAGUGAGCGGGGAGGGGGCUUGGCGCUCUGGUUAGUACUGUGGGUGGAGGUGUAGUGACCUAGAGGAGCAAGGAGAAGAAGCUGGUUCAUGUCCUUGUGGACACGAGAGGAAAACCAGGAAAUUAUUAGGCAUCCCAGACUCUGAUAAAACGAUACUUCGGACAAGUUUAUUCAAUGCAGUGUUGUAGAAAAGGCACAACUGCAGUACACAUGUCAUAAAGAUUAUGUCAGUAACCUGGCUCGUCUUGCUUCUUUGGAAGAAAUAACUCCUUUAAAGAGCAUCACUGGCUCCGAAAAUACUUUCUAACAAUUAAAACUUAGGAAUAAAGUUGGAUUUUUUUCUUUACAAUGAAAAUAUACAUAUCUUUGAGCAUACAUGACCCCUUUCCCCAUUAAAAUAAACAUGUUUCGUGUAAUACUGCCACACCCAUAAGAGGUACCCAGCAUCUGUGCCCGUGCAGAGCUCUCAGACGCUGCUUGGAAGAUGACAGAAGAGCCAGAGAUUGGAAAAAAAAAAAACAGAGGCCGGUAUAUACAUGGAAAGACCAAGUGUAUAAAAAAUAAAGUAGUGGUGGCUCUUUGA